AUGGCGCUGGGCCCCAUGCAGGUGCCCCACUACCCUCAAAAGGACUUUGCUGAGCAUCUGCGUUUCUUGUCUAUCCUGGCGAACACCUACGAUUCCUCGAUCCGCAACAUGCGUCUGACUAAGAACAUGUACGAGGGCAGCUCCUUCAUUGCGGCCUAUCCGGUGCAGCGUGUGCCCGGCAUGCCAUUGAGCGGCAUCUCGACGCGCUCCGGCGACCUGGCGCGCUUCAGCUUCAAGGGCCUCCAGGCUGACAAGGUGCAGCAAGCUUUCGUGCGUCUGGUGUCGUAUCAGGUGGUCACGCUCAGCGGUUCGGGCGUGAAAAACAUGUCCUUAUUCGAAAGUUCCAGCGCGGGGAACAUUCUUAACGAUGGCAGCGCCGCAGAGAUCAGUGGGAUCACGGCGGGUCAGCUGGCAACGGUUUUGGCGGCCUACACGCCGCUCACGGACACGGCCAGCAACACAGCCUCCAUUUCGUCCAACGUCGACAACCUGCCCGCGGCCCCAGACCUAGCGCCUUAUGCCUUGGCCUCCGACUUGGCCGCGGCGGAAGGUCUGAUAGCUGCCAACUCCAGCAGCAUUACGGCUUUCAACACGAGCCUCACCACAAGGCUGGCCAGCAAAGCCAACCAAUCAGCCUUGGACACCCUGCAGCUGGAGGUGGACGGUAAAUCCACCCCAGCAAGCGUCGACGCCAAGCUGGCGAGCUACUCCACAACGGCGGCCAUGAAUUCGGCCAUCACCAGCGCCAACAACGCAACCUUGGCCAGCGUGGCAUCAAACUACGCCCUUCGAACGGUAACCGACCAGCUGGCUUUGGGUCUCGCCGCCAAGCAGUCUGGCCUGGAUGUUGACACCAAGAUCGCCAAUGCGCUGCUGGACCGACCCAGCACCACUGACCUGACGGCGGCGGUCAACUUGAAGACCGCGCCUGCAGACGUCGAUCAAAGGGUGACCACGGCCCUGCUAACAUAUGUGAGCCAAGUCGCUUUGGACGCGGCCCUGGCCUUGCGAGACGGCAGGCUCGACGCGGCCGAGGCGUCCAUAGCAACCUUGCAAGCGGCGGGCUUCCAAACGGCGGCGCAAGUCGCUAGCGCCAUCACCACGGCGUUGCUACCUUACACUGACGCCACGGGGCUGAACUCGCUGCUGGCGGUGCGCGAUGGUAGGCUUGACGGCGCUGAAGCAUCUAUAUCGACCUUGCAAGCAGCAGGCUUCCAAAGCUCUGCCCAAGUGGCAAGCGCCAUUGCCUCAGCACUUCUGCCUUACGUCCAACAGACGGGACUCGACGCCGCGCUAGCGCUCAGGGACGCCAGGCUAGAUGGUCACGACGCAGAUAUCCUCGCCUUGCAGACUGCAGGCCCCUUUGCGACAUCAUCAGACCUGACCACCACCGAAACCAGCCUGCAGAGCGCCAUAGACGCCAUCCUCGCGCAACUGGCUGCCUUGACAACCGGCGGCGGCAGCAACUUGAUCAACGCGCAGGCCUGGUCCGGCGAAAUCACCUGGGACUUGCUGCUGGGCACAAACACCCUGCGCAAUUUGCACUUCAACGCACCGCUCAGCGUGAGCCUGCAGAAUGACAACUUCACCUUGAGCCUUGCGUGUGACUCUUACAGCGUCGCGCAAGCAGACGCGGCGAUUGCCGCCGCCUUGGCGCCUUACGAAACAGCAGCACAGCGAGACGCGGCCAUCGCGGCGGCGUUGGCGGCCUACAGCACCACAACAGAGAUGAACGCCGCGAUCACCGCGGCCUUGUUGCAAUACUACACCGCAACGCAGGUGGAUAACCAAAUCGCCACUGCCGUAGCAGGCAUAGACCUGUCGCCCUACUACACAUCGGCGCAGACAGACGCUGCCAUUACGGCUGCUUUGGUGCCCGUGACCUUGUCGAACGCGCCUGCUUGGGGCGCCAGCCCGCCCACCUGGAACAACGCCGACACGCUGGAGAUCGACUGCGAUAGCUACGAAAAGGCCGAAACCUAUACUCAGGCCGAAGUCAACAGCGUGGUGUCUGGCGCCAUCGACGCGCUGAACGUCACCCAGUACCGCACGGAGAGCCAGAUGUACUUCGUGGCCAACGCAACCGGUGCGGCUUAUUCGAAGGCUCAGGCCGACGGCAGGUACCUCAGCAGCACCAGCACCCUGGACGGGCGCUGCCUGGUGACCAAUGCGAACCCCGGCGGCGCCGAGGUGUUCACCCUGAUCAGGGAUGCCAGCGCGGUGCCGCGGCAGCUCCGCGGCAUCCUUUCUCGGGCGCCGCUAGGUUUCAGCAACAUCCUAUCAGGAACGGUCACAGAGCUGACCUGUGACGCCUGGGCCAAGGCGGAGGCCGACUUCUACAUCCGAUCCCUUGCCGACAGCACCCUUCAGCACCGAGAUGGGGCUCCAGAACCUGAACUUGCAGGUCGCAGACCGCGAGACACGCGUCACGGCGCUGUGCAGACAUCUCGGAUUCAUGAUGACGCCAACAACGCGCUGUUCAGCAUGACCACUGCUGAGGCCUUCUUCGGCGUCAGGUCUCGAGUGGACUGGCGCUUGACCAUCGACACGCCCAGCGGGUCCGACGAGGGCCUGUACACCGCGGCAGUGCGCGCCAGGGUUGGCGACUCGCUGCUCACCCUGACGGGCGGAGCCGCAGGCUUGCGAGCAGAGGGCGCGGUGGAGAUCACGGGCGUGACUACAGGGACUGAGGCAGUCUUUGCGACCAGCGUGGCCACGCCGCAGCUGCAGCCCUCGCCCAGCACCAACGCCUACAUGCGUAUCUUCACCGGCAGCGCUGGACUGGAGGUCUCUGACCAAUCGCUGAGCCCGCUGCUGCAGGUUGAAGACAACGAAACGAAGAGCCUCAGCAGAUUGAUCUCCGUAACGAG